AUGCCUGCCGGUGUGAGCCUGGAGAAGUACGUCAAGUUUGGAUGUGCUGCGUUGGCUUCAAUGCUGCUUGGAGCUCAACUAGUUCACAUUAACUACCGCCCCUUAGACGACUUACCCAAAUUGAUCGAGGACGAAAAGAAAGUUCGGCGCCUUGUAUUGACGAGCAACAGAGCUGUAGAUGCUUUCUGCAAAACUCUUGACUCAAGUGUAUCUGAAAAUGCUACAUUUUUCUGGAAAAAUACUGCUGUGAUUUAUGCGGUGGGACCGAAAACGGCCGUUCACGCGGAGGAGUCAAUUGGAAAUGGGAAUGUCUUCGGUGAAAAUAGUGGUAAUGGAGAUGAAUUGGCUACGUUCAUCUCCAAUCAUAUAAACACAGAAUCCAAUGUGCAAGCACGAUUACUAUAUCCCUGUAGCGACAUCGCUGUUGGUACUGUUGUUGAGAAGUUGAAACAAGAAAAACCUAACAUUUGCGUAGAUGCUGUUACUGCGUACAAAACCACUAGCAACAUGAAGCUUGAAGAGCAGCUGACUGCAGCAAUCCAAGAUUGUGAUGGAAAACGGACUCUCGUAUUUUUUAGCCCAUCCGGUGUUCGAAAUGUUUUUGAAGCUAGCGAACGUUUGGGUCUGACACUAUUCGACGAUGCCGAAGUGAUAGCUGUUGGUCCGACUACUGAGCAAGCUCUUGUACACAUGGGUCAUCCACCGGAUAAAAUCAUGGACAGACCCACUCCUGAUUCUCUACUGAAGUGCUUGAGCGACAAUUAAGGACCGAAUCGAAAAUGAAUAUUCCUGGUGCUAUGAUAUACGCGCUAAACGUAUGCUUUGAUGUGGGGUUUUAUUUUUAACUUCACUGUCGUAAUUCCCAAGGAUUCUGGCCGAAUAAAAAAAUUACAGCGCAACUCUCGUAUCGCCUCUUUAAAUGUAAUUUCUUGAUUGAAUAACAUCCCGUGCUUU